AUGGAUGAUGUCAGAGAAGUAGAUGAUAUCCCAGUCUCCCCAACGCGCAGAAGAAAAGCCCGGGUAUGUCCUCACUGCAAGCGAUCCUUUCGUCGCCACGAGCAUCUCCAACGACAUCUCCGAAUUCACACUAACGAGAAACCGUACAAAUGCGAUUGUGGAGCCACCUUUAGCCGACGUGAUCUUCUGAAGCGUCAUCAAAGUAUUGGCCAUGCUCCGAACACCCCAUCAUCGCAGCAUCUCUCGUCCUUACCUGCGCUUGACGAUUCAAAUAAUGUUCAAUCCAGUACAGUUGGGGUCUGUAUGGGUAUGGUACCUCCAAUAACGGAACCGACGGAGUCUCUCAAUACAUCAGCUGGUACAAGCGGUCGGAAUGGCCAAAGCCAAGAAGAACGGCUCGAAGGCGACCUACUGUUUCAUACCCAGGAUCUUUCUGUUUUCCAAGACCUAGACAUAUUUAAUAACAACCUGGGACUCAACGACGACUGGUAUCUCCCAUCUGAGCCCAGCAUCCAAAUAUAUACUGGAGACCUUGGGUUCAAUAAUAUGCCGACAGCAUCAUCCAUCAUCAACCUACCUAACGGUGAUCCUUCAGGCGUAGAGCAAACUUUAAGCAAGCUUCCCACUGACAGAGAAGCCGUCGCGGAGUUCGGAGUCCUUACUUUCCCAAUACUCGUGGUUACGAAUCAACAGAGAGAACGCCUCUCUCGAGCAUUGAGGGUGUGUUAUUCGGUUGACGCAGCUAAUCUUCUACCAUCAUGUCACUCGCUAUCACGGUUCAUCAAUGGGUUCUUUGAUGGUUUUUAUCCUCACCUACCGAUGGUGCACAUUCCAACAUUCAGGAUAGACGAAUGUGAGCCGGAGAUGUUACUAGCUAUGUGUGCUCUGGGCGCUGAAUCUCGGCAUGAGAAUCGCAAAGCAGCAUUCUUAUUCCAUGCGGCUAAGGAAAUACUGCACGAAAGAGCGAGCAGGAAAGAAUGGAAAGAUACGGAAGGUCCUUUCGAUGCCUCGGGAGGAAGCGCAUCCUUACCAAGCCAGCAAACCUCCACUCCUACCGACGACUCACUGCGGUAUCGUAGCACAAUGCGUGAAGCCCGGUGUGCCUUUCUACUUAUUGCGUUCGCUACCUGGCAACGCGAGGAAAGCAUACAUCGUGAGGCUUUCAAUAUCCAGAGCCUCUUGGCCAGAUGCGUUCGAGAGUGUCAAUUAAAAGAGACUGAACAGUCUUUAUUUGCCGAUGCCGGCGGCUGGCAUCUGUGGAUCCAGCAAGAAACCGACAGGAGGGUAAAAUUACUUUCUUUCGCUUUUCUAAACCUGCAGUCCAUUGCAUUUGGCACUCCACCAGCCAUCCUGGCCGAUGAAAUUAAUGUUCGUCUCCCAUGUAGCAGCCUAGAGUGGAUUGCUCCGAACGAACAAAAAUGGAGGCUUGCUCGAAGGCAUGGCCAUCGGGAGCAGUUGUCGUUCCAAGAUGCUCUAUGUCACGUUAUAAAGAACACACCAGAGACCAAUUCGACAGAUACACUGCCGAUACCUUCUCCGUUGUCAAACUACAUCAUCUUACACGCCAUUAUACAGCGGAUCUUACUCGCAUAUCAUACACUUGGUCCAUAUAACGAUGCGAAUAAUAUCAUACUCAAUGGGCAAAAGAACGUCAUGCGUAAUUCUCUUCAUGCAUGGACAUCUCUAUGGCAACGAGCACCUGAAUCGAGCUUGGACCCCCGAAAUCCGAAUGGCCCUGUGACAUACACUUCAGCUGCUCUGCUGGGUGUUGCGUAUAUUCGACUUGGCCUAGAUCUGGGCUCAUAUAGAAUUCUCCAGUCCCACGACGCUACAGACAUAGCACAGCGACUGCUACUAAUACCCCGUUUGCCACCCGGCCCCCAUCUUCUCCCAGCAAUUUUACAUGCGACGCAUGCCCUCAGCAUCCCUGUCAAAUUAGGGGUAAACUUUGUCGCUCGAAGCCAUGCGUUCGUCUGGAGCGUACAACACUCACUUUGUGGACUAGAAUUUGCGAUAUUUCUCAGUAAAUGGCUCUUUUGUAUCGCCGACAGCCAGACCAGAAGACCACUAAAUGCACAUGAAGCGCGUCUCGUGAAUUGGAUCAGCGAUAUUGUCGAAGAAGGACGAACAUCAGCAGACGAUGAUUUGUGGUCCAGCCCUUCAAAUCUCUCAGAUUGUUCUUACCUAGGAAUUGCCGUUGUAAAGUUAUGGGCCCGACUGAUCAGGGGAAACGGACAAUGGUCAUUAUUUGAGGUUGUUAGUGAUGGACUGGACCUCUAUGCCAACACUUGUGAGCAGAGCUUUCUCCGUUUCGAGACAACUGCGCCCGAACGGAUAUAG